CAGCACUGGGUAGAGUCCAGGUUCCAAGAGGGUUGGCCGGGUGUGGUAGGCCUCCGGCUCAGGUGUGAGUUGGCAUGUGCCCUCUACCCCCGUCCUACCCUCGGCCACACCUCCAUAAAGCAGAGCCUGCCAGACCCAGGAGGGUUUCGGUGGCCAAGGUGCCCAGACUUCAGAAGUGGGGAUGGAUGUAGGGGGUCAGGGCUUUGGGCCACACCCUGCUGCCUCCCAGUUCUUCAGCCCGCUAGUCUGUCCAGUUUGGAACCCUUGGCUUUGUGAGCAGGCCUGGUGGGGUGGUUGGGAGAUGUUUUUUCUGGGAACUCCAUCCGGUGCUGGUCAGCUCUUGGUCUGGGAGGUAGUUUCUGGCUUCCUAAUUUUUAAAGGGGUGAAUGAGAGAGAAUGGCUGUCUCAGUCUGCUCUGUGAUCAUGACAAAAUACCACUGAAGGGGGCUUAACGGUUUUCUCACAGUUCUGGAGAUGGAAAAGUCAAGAUCAAGGUGCUGGCUGAUUUGGUUGCUGGUGAGGGGUCUUUCUUCCUGGCCUCCAGACAGCUGUCUUCUCACUGUAUCUUCACCGGGCAGCUCUCCCGAGUCUCUUCCCAGGAAGGCUCUGAUCCCAUCCUGGGGCACAGCCUCAUGACCUCACCCAACCCUCACCAUCUCUCAAAGUCCCCACCUCCUAAUUUCACCCCCACUGGGGUUAGGGCUUCAAACUAUGAGGGUACACAAUUCAGUCCAUAGCUGUCCCUGGAAGGGGACAGCUGCCUGGGCUGGGCAGGCGGGAGCCUGUGGCCUGCCACGCAGCCUGCACUGUCCGGUAUCCUCAGGUCUGUCCUGCCUGGGGCACCCAGCAAACCGUUUGCUACGCUAACACCCCAUCCAACAAGAGCACCUUGACACGUUCCCUGGGGGUCCCUAAUGCAAGUGGGGCUCUCCCUGCCCUGUGAGCAGGUGCAUUCUUUGGUGAACCCGACAAGAUAGGUCCUCACGGGGGUCAGGGAUUCCCUCGGAUUUGGAGUUCGUUUUCCUAGAAGCGUGUGGGUGGCGCUGUCACCUACGUGGAACCAGAUAAGGGUGGUGUCCCUUUCUGUGGACGAGUCUCCUGAAACCAGGUGCUGGUUCUCUUCAUGCCCCAGCAGAGGGAAGCUGAGGUGACAUCUCAGUGUGGCACGCCUUGUGCUGCUCGUGGGUGGCUGGGUGGCUGUUCUAACCACCUCAGCCCUAAAGGCAGGAGCUAAGAGCCUGGUGGGUUGGAACCACUUGCCCAAGGCCGCGCCGCACCAAGCAGCAGCCUGAGAUCUAGCCAACCCUGUGGCCGUCCCCCGUAGGACGGGUGCUGGCAGCCGCCUAGAGGACUGGCCUCUGGUGGCCAGGCUCAGGAGGCCUUUCCCACUGCUGAGCCUGAUGCUUCCCCAGGCCGUGCUCCGUGGACAGUCCGGCUCAGCAGUGACACCUGUUGGGGGGGAGAGCACCUGGAUUGGGCAGAAGGGUCUGCUUUGUGCCAGGCUCCCCAGGGUCUCGGCGUUGGUGGCCGCAGCGUGGCCAGGUUGCCGGGUGGAAGCCUGGUUCUGGGCUCCCUGGGGCUAUGCUGGCUGGUGGGAGCUGGGCGCUGGAGCCUGGAUUUAGGAGGGGGCACGUUGUUCUCCCCGCGAGGCUGUUAGCCUGGGGUUUGCUGGUCACUGCAGCCUGUGGUGGUGUGAUGAGCUGCCAGGACCCGUCGUCCAGAGAUUUUGUGGCCAGAAACAGCCUGCGGGUGUGGGAGAUGGAGGCCGGGCCCAGGGUUCCAUGGCAUUGGGCCCUUUGCUCCCCUCCCGUAAAUAUUUAGAGAGGCUCAGAUCCCAGCCGUAAAUAUUUGAAAAUGCAUCACGGUGAGCGGGGCUCCCUAGGGGAGGAGGGAUUGAUGACCCACUGAACUUACCGGUACAUCCUACAAGGGUAUCAGCAGGGGCCCCGGCUGAGGCUGCAGGAAAUCAGGAUGUUGGGAAGUGUGUGCAGGGGUGACAUCAGAGACGCUGCUCAGAAUCACAGGCUCUUGGCCCUGGAGGGGCCUCGGUGGCCUUCCUGCCUGACCCCUCCCAGACCAGGCGCCCACCCCGGCGAGCUCGAGGGGACCUGGGUCCUGGUGCUGUGGUUGGGGGCCCAGCCGUCUCGGGGCUCAAGGCUCGUCUGCCCCCCGGGGACAGAGGGUUAGUCUGGCCUGGCCAGGCCAAGUGCAGGGAGGGCAAGGGCAGGGCCAACCCAGACCUGUGACCCCCACCCCUCUGGGAGGGAGGCUGAGGCCUCGGUGGCCCUCCUCUUACCGCCUGUCACACAGGCUUCCCAGGACAGCACUGGACGCUUCCUUGAGAAGUUUCUCUAGUACUUUGGCAGCCUUGUGUGAAGCGGACCGGGGGGAUGCGCUCCUGGGCCUGCUCGGGAACCUGAGAGGCGGGCGGGCCCCAGCUCGGCAGCAGACACAGCUUCCUGUUUCUAUUUCGGUCGGUGCCUUGCAUCAGUGGAGCGCUUCCGUCUGUGAGGUGGGAAGGAGGAGGCCCUGGGAGUGGUGCGGCCGGGCUUCACUCGUCGGUGCCGGGAGCCACCGCCCGCCAUGGAGGGGCAGGAGGAACAGCCCCUUCGCGAGGCCAACACAGAGCCCAUCGUGACUUCAGGGGGUUCGGAGGUGGUGCCCAGGGUGCUCCCCGGAGAGCCCCAGAACCUGUCCGACGUGGACGCUUUCAAUCUGCUCCUGGAGAUGAAGCUGAAGAGGCGGCAGGAGCGGCCCGACCUGCCGUGCACGGUGACCGAGCUGGUGGCCGAGGACGGGAGCCGUGUGUACGUGGUGGGCACGGCCCACUUCAGCGACGACAGCAAGAAGGACGUGGUGAAGACCAUCCGGGAGGUGCAGCCUGACGUGGUGGUGGUGGAGCUGUGCCAGUACCGCGUGUCCAUGCUGAAGAUGGACGAGCGCACACUGCUGCGGGAGGCCAAGGAGAUCAGCCUGGAGAAGCUGCAGCAGGCCAUCAGGCAGAACGGGGUCAUGUCGGGACUCAUGCAGAUGCUGCUGCUGAAGGUGUCCGCCCACAUCACUGAGCAGCUGGGCAUGGCCCCUGGCGGCGAGUUCAGGGAGGCUUUCAAGGAGGCCAGCAAGGUGCCUUUCUGCAAGUUCCACCUGGGCGACCGGCCUAUCCCCGUCACCUUCAAGAGGGCCAUCGCCGCCCUCUCCUUCUGGCAGAAGAUCAAGCUGGCCUGGGGCCUGUGUUUCCUGUCGGACCCUAUCAGCAAGGAUGACGUGGAGCGGUGCAAGCAGAAGGACCUGCUGGAGCAGAUGAUGGCUGAGAUGAUCGGCGAAUUCCCCGACCUGCACCGCACCAUUGUGUCUGAGCGGGACAUCUACCUGACGUACAUGCUGAGGCAGGCGGCCCGGCGCCUGGAGCUGCCCCGUGCCUCUGAUGCCGAGCCCAGGAAGUGCGUCCCCUCCGUGGUGGUGGGCGUUGUGGGCAUGGGCCACGUCCCUGGCAUCGAGAAGAACUGGACCACCGACCUCAACAUCCAGGAGAUAAUGACUGUCCCCCCGCCGUCCGUCUCCAGCAGAGUGUCCUGGCUGGCCGUGAAGGCCACCUUCUUGGGCCUCCUGGGCUACGGCCUGUACUGGAUGGGGCGCCGUGCCAGCAGCCUGGUCUUGUCACUGCCUGCCGCCCAGUACUGCCUGCAGAGGGCCUCCAAGGCCUGGCCACACAAGUAGGAAGGACAGAGGGAGCCACCACGUCCGUCCAGGGGGCUGCCUGCGGCUGCUCCUGUGACACAGCCGAGGGGCACGGGGGGCCGGCCUCCUGAGGAGCUCCUGGGUGCCACCCCCCAUGGGGGUCCAGCCUGGCCUCGCCUGCCCUCUCCCAACCCGCCCAAAUAAAGAAUUAUUUCACUCUCUGAGCUCGGGCUUCCCAGCAGCCCCCCUCCACCCCCUCCCUGCGGCCGCUUGGAAGUUCACCGGCCCCGGGAUGAGCUGGCGGGGGAGGGGUGAGGCGCGGCAGGCCACAGCUGGCCAGCCCCGACCUCACUGUGCCUUCUCGCCGCGUCGCAGGGGGUGCCGGGCCAGCGCGCUGGGGAAGGGCAGCUUGGCCCGUGCAGCCCUUCGCGUGGCUCCUUGGCGCCCCCUGAGGGGGCGGCGGCGGCCCCGGGUGAGCGCCAGCAAUGGCUGUGCCUACAGAGGUUGUGCGUUUCUGGCUUUUAAAAGUGUCUGAAACUUUUCUACUCAGGUAUUUUUAACUUAAACCGAAGCAAAUGUCAGGAAACACUAGCCUUAAAUCUGGUUGGGACGGAGAACACCUUUCUCUUGGAGUCUCGGUCCCAGGAAGACAGGGGUGUGGUGAGGGUCAGUUUCGGCCAUGGGCAGCCAGGCUGGCCUCCAACCACUGCCCGUCCAGCUGCCCCCGUGGUCUACCUCCAGCCGUGGGGAGUCCAGGGCCACCGCCCUCUCGGGGUUGAGCCUGCCUGGCCCACGAGCGGUUGAACCUGCUCCUGUGCAGCUAGUGGUGGGACCUGGGGCUCACCCCGACCCUCAGUGGAUGGGUGGCAGUUGUCCACCAGGGCCCGCCAGUUUGCACAGGAACCACCUUGGGUGCAGCUGGGCCCAAGGUCGAGCUGGCCCCAUACAGCACUUGACCCCGGUCAUUACCUGUUUGCGUCGUGUCCUGGUCACCUGUUUUCGACGUAGCAUCUGUGCAUCCUGUCAGGGGCCCAGGGCCACGUUUGGUUGUGUCUGUGUUGACUCAGUGUCUAAAUCAGGUGAAACCCAUGGCCACAAUCUGGGCCGAGGAGCCUUGGGCUGGCCCAUGUCCUUGUCAUUCACACGCUCGUGUACACAUCCCUUAGAGACCGAAAUAAAAUCUAAUUUUGGAA